CAUCGUCUGCAUAUAGUUAAAUGUUUAAGUAGAAUGUCAUGCUUUUGAUUGUUGUCUUUAAAUACGUUAUUAGAAGUUUAGGUGAACCAAAGCCAAGUUAAAAUUGACACAUAUCAAUGAUAACAGUAAAAAAAACAGUAAAAAACAGCAUUGAAAAUGUUAACGACUCUGUGAAAACUCUUAACUAAUAAUGAAAAAAUGUUUUUGUUAGAUAACCUUGUGUUUCCCAAAAGACCCAGUGUGUUUGUGUUUGUCUUUAUUAUUUAGUGCUACAAAAAUUUCUGCUGCAAAAAAAAACUCUGAAACUGUUUCUCACAGAGAAUUGCCAACAGCUUGUUUUGAUCAACUUUACAUUGGUAACCAGUAAAAGAUUUGCUCCCCCGCUGUGGAUAAAUGUCAACAGUUCCUGUGGGUUUUGAGUCGUAGUUUGAUGAGUCCUCUGACCUAGCGAGGGUUAACAUGAGCAGUGCUGUGUUCCCUCCUCCUGCCUGACAUUGACUGAACACACACAUACACACACGCUUUCCCCGUUGAGGCAAGCACACAGCCUGAGAGGAGAGGAGGGACUGUUUGCAACCCUUGGAGCCAGCUGUCGUUCGCUCAGAGCUGGGUCUUUACUUUCCUCCCCUGGACUCCCCUCGUCCUCUACUUGCCUCAUCCCUCCAUGGGACUCCAGACCUGGCCGCCCAGCAAACCACCUCUGUCCUCUAUGGCCUGCCUUGAUGUGGAGACCCCUUCCAUCUGCAGGGGUAAAUUCAAACCAGUCCUCCAGCUCUGUCUGCAGCAGAGGAGGACUCGAGAGCAGCUUGUGGAGCAAGGCAUCAUGCCACCUCUGAAGACACCUGCGGCCUUUCAUGAAAAGAUUCGCAGCCUGGAGAGAGCAAGGACUGGGAACUUCUUAAAACACAAGCUCUGCAGCAGACCUGAGCGCUCUGAGCUGGUCCGAAUGCACAUCCUACAAGGAGGCUGGCCGGAUCACAACUGGGGAUCCUCUGUGUGUUUAUCAGAGACGCAAGCAGAACCCUCCCUGCAGGCCACACAGAUGAAGCUGAAGAAAGCCAGACUGGCAGAUGAUCUCAACGAGAAGAUCGCCCAGCGGCCUGGACCAAUGGAGCUGGUGGAGAUGAACAUCCUGCCUGUUGAGUCAGCUGCGGAAGAGGUUAUUAAUGGUGAUAAGACGAACAAGCAACCAGACAUUUACAGCUUUGACGAGGACAGCAGUGAUGCUCCAUCACCCAAACAGCCUGCUAGCCAACAAUCUCCCGACUGCACCUCUCCAAGAGAGUCUGAGGGGACUGAGUCACCUUUGAAUUCUUCUCAGGUGAAGUCUCCUGUACAGCCGGGCCCACCACCUGACUCACAGUCACGAUUAGAUUCAGUCGAGCCUGCCUCCACCAGCGAGCAACCAGUCUCUUCACCUCAGACGAUCAACACUGUUGUUCCUGGUAUCAUGACAGGGCCUGUUCUUAUGAAGCAAAGCCUGCCCAAGUUCCCCAGUGAGAAAAGCCGCAGCAAAAGGAGCAGAGAGUCCAAGCCACGGGUGAAAAAGUUAAAGUACCACCAGUAUAUUCCUCCAGACCAGAAGCAGGAGCUCAAUGAAAUGCCGAUGGACUCGGCUUAUGCCCGGCUCCUGCAGCAGCAGCAGCAGUUUCUGCAGCUCCAGAUCUUAAGCCAGCAGCAGCAGUACAAUUAUCCGACUGUCACUCCUGCAACACCAAAACCAGCAACUGAAGUGCAAACCAGCUGCUCCACUGUUGUGAGUGGAAACUCUGCAUCGACCCCCCUGCAGCCUCUGCACACUCAGACGAACCGCAAACUGGAUCAAUUACCAGUCAAUCUGGAUGAGAUGAAGGUUGCUGAGCUGAAAAUGGAACUUAAGCUGAGAUCCUUGCCUGUUUCUGGCACUAAGAUAGAUCUGAUAGAGAGACUGAAGCUGUAUCAGGAGAACUCAAACAUCCAGACUGCUGCUGCUGCCAUGGACACAACAGCUGGCCCAGCAGCCUUACAGUCUGACAACCCGAAAUUAACCCCGCCUGUGUCACCGAUAGCCUCCAGGGUGUCCACUCUGGGCAUAGAGGACUGUAGCAUUGCCACAAAGCUUUCAGACAAUCCAUCUCCAACACAAACUGCUCCUUGUGCAAACUCCCCACAUAGAGCUCAACCAGAGGACUCACCCAACGUGAUCAGGUCCUCUGAGAAGGACAAACGUCUCCAUGAGAAGGAGCGCCAAAUUGAGGAGCUGAUGAGGAAGCUGGAGCGGGAGCAGAGGCUGGUAGAGGAGCUGAAGAUGCAACUGGAGGUGGAGAAGAGGAGUCAGCAAGGAGAUUCUCCACCUCAGCUCAGCCCUCUUGCUGCGAGCCAGGUCAAAGAAGAAAACAGGAGCCCAUCAGGCUGCUGUCGCUCUCCUGGUGUGCCAGUGUUGAUCAAGCAGGAGGAGGCUGCGGAUCAGAGCCACUUAGCUCCUCAAAAUCAAUUUGUAAUCAGCCACCAGAGUGAAACUCUGCAGCCAGUACAGGCUGAAGCUCAGGUCCUCCUGUCUGCAUCUUUCCCUGCCAACAGCAUGAAAUUACACACUACUGUUAGCAGUGCAACCACAAGCCUCCUCCAGACCUCUGGACAGAUGCCACAGAAAAUAGAGGCCUCAGGAGCGUUACAACAGCCCUGCAGGACUCAGACUGAGCCUCUGACAAAGACGUGGAGGAUGGAAGCUGCAGAUCAAAGCUUACUCAACACAUUCCAAACCACUGGAUGUCCCAUGGGAGCUUCCUCGAGCCAAACUGCUUCUGUAGAACUUAAAGAAAAGAAAACUUCCUGCACCAGCCAGACGACUCUGAUCAUGCAGCAGCCAAAAUUCACAAACCAACUGAAGUGCAAAGACCCGCCGCGCUAUGAGGAUGCAGUGAAACAGACACGUGGCAUGCUAACAGCUAUUCAGGGUCCCUCUGCAGCGAGCCAGCAGAUGGAUGACCUGUUUGACGUGCUGAUCGAGAGUGGAGAGAUCUCCCCGUUCAUCAGACAGGAUCCCCCCAGCCUGGACAAGCCUCAUCCUGUGACAGCCAGCGUUACCACCCUUCCCAUCAACACGGUUCUAUCCCGCCCUCCGCCUGUGGUCCAAGUGGCCCAGCUGCCUGCGUCACCACUCAACACUACAUCCACCAGCUUGGGAGCCCUGACCUCUGACCCCCAGCUGGAGACCCUCCUGGAUGGCACGCUGGGCACCUCUGAAGCUGAACCACACACACUGAAGCUGAUGGAGGAGCUACACUCAUCUGUUGUCACCAUGGAGCUGGACUUAAAUGAAAACACCAACAUGGAGAAUAUGGAUUGGCUGGACCUUACCCUGUCUGUGCCAGCAGAGGUAGUCAACCCUUUGGACAUGUCAGCACCAGUGGGCGUCUUUUCCUCUGACUUCCUGAACUCACAUGAGCUGCACUUGAACUGGGAAUGAAGGCUGUAGAGGUGAAUUUUUGCACCAUCCAGACCAUUUCAUAUCAGACAAACUCGCUUUUUUAUACAAGGGAGGACUUCUUCUGUUUCCUAUGCUGAAAGAUACAAGCUUCUGGAGGAUGGGGCAGCUUUGUUUUGCUUGUUAAAACGCUCAGUAGUCAGUUUAGAAGUUGCUGCAUUGCUUCUUUUGAGAUCUUGUCACUCUGUGGUUAAACAGGGAGACUGGCAUUAAGAAGGACUGGUACAGGGAGAUAGAAGGGACAGUGGAAGUAGCUUUAAAAGUUAUGUUUUCUGUCUCUUCUAAUUUUAUUGUUUUAAUUUGUCAUCUGAUCUAAGUGAAUGUUCAACCUUCUAUGGCUGGUGGGAAAUGACCAGGGAAACAGCUCCAUCCCAGUGGAAGAACUGAUGGAGAAACACUGUAAACCUGCGAGCUGUUUUAUAGUUCAAUAAGCCUCUUAGAGAGGUUAUCACUUAAAGACUGUUACUGCUUAAUAUUCCCUGUGUAUGUACAUUUUGAAAUAAGAACUUCAACUGAAUCAGAAGUGUAAAAACUAAUUUGAGGUCAUGGAUCGCAAAGAGUGGCCUCACUAAACCUGCCCCACCAACCAAAUAUUUACUAAAAGACAAUACUCUUCCAACACUGCGUCAUCUUUCAACGACCCCUCGCCAUCUCCUGUAUUCAUCUAUACACUGUGCACUGCAUGUUUUUGUAAAACAAGUUCUCUCUUACAGUUUGAGGCAA